AUGAAGAACCCAUCGUUAGUAUUGAACAAAGUCGAUGAACUUAAGUUUGUGGAUUAUGACAUUGAUGAAUCCUUAGGUGACAAUGAAGUGUUAAUUUCCAAUAUCACUACAGGAAUUUGUGGGUCAGAUAUUCAUUAUUAUGCUCAUGGAAAGAUUGGUGAUUUCGUAUUAUUAGAGGGUAAGCCUUUAGUUAUGGGACAUGAAUCAAGUGGAAUUGUCACUGAAGUUGGUCCAAAAGUUACUUCUUUGAAAAGAGGUGAUAGAGUUGCUAUUGAACCAGGGUUACCUUCGAGAUUUUCCGAUGAGUAUAAGUCCGGUAAAUACAAUUUGUGUCCGCAUAUGGCUUUUGCUGCCACUCCUUCUAAGGAAGGGGUUGAAAAUCCUCCUGGUACUUUAUGUAAAUAUUAUAAAGCUCCAGAAGAUUUCUUAGUUAAAUUACCUGAUUCGGUUUCUUUAGAAUUGGGUGCUUUGGUUGAACCUUUAACUGUGGGGGUCCAUGCUUCUAAAUUAGCUAGUAUAAAAUUUGGUGAUGUAGUAGUUGUUUUUGGUGCUGGUCCAGUUGGACUUUUAGCUGCCUCAGUUGCUACUAUGUUUGGUGCUAGUAAAGUUAUGGUUGUUGAUAUUUUCGAUAACAAAUUACAAAUGGCUUUAGAUAUUGGUGCUGCCACUCAUGUCUUCAAUUCUAAGACUGAAGGAGGAGUUGAUAAAUUAGUUGAAAAAUUAGGUGAAUCUCCAUCUGUAGUAUUAGAAUGUACUGGUGCGGAACCAUGUAUUCAAUUAGGAGUUUUGGCUUUGAGAACUGGUGGUAGAUUUGUUCAAGUUGGUAAUGCUCCAGGGUAUGUUAAGUUCCCAAUUACUGAAUUUGCAACCAAAGAAUUGACAUUAUUCGGGUCUUUUAGAUAUGGUUAUGGUGAUUAUAAGACCUCUGUAGCUUUAUUGGAUAAGAAUUAUAGAGAUAAAUCUAAGAAGAUCGUUGAUUUCGAACAAUUGAUCACUCAUAGAUUUGAUUUUGUUGAUGCUAUCAAAGCUUACGAUACCGUUAGAGGUGGUAACGGAUGUGUCAAGUGUAUUAUUAAAGGUCCUGAGACUGCUUUAUAG